CAAUACCACUUCCCCCAGGCGGGGUUCACCCCAGGGAAUGGCCCCCUUUCUCUGAGCCCACUGCGCGGGAGACGAGGACAGUUUACAUUUUAUUAGUGUUGCCGUUAUUCAGUGUAGGAGGAAGAAAUGGCUGCUGGGGAAAAUGCCAACGAUGUUUGCAACAGGAGGCACAGUCCAGGCCACCUGCAGCCUGCCCACCCUGCUCUCCAUCUCUUUUCCUGAGGUCCAGUCCCCAGAACCGGCCAUCAGAUGGGAAAAACAGUGGCAGCAAAGCGAGCUGCUGCAUAAUCAGCAUCCGGGUGCCUGUCGAUCACCUUGGAAACCCCGGGAAGGACGCGCCCCACGUGACCGACAGCCCGCCCCCUGCCUGCUCGCGGAUCCCCACCCCAGGCAGGUGCUGCGCUCCCGCGCGAGGCUCGCAGCUCUUCCCCUGGUCCUGCCGGGGCCCCUCACCCACACCCUGCGCUCCACCUCCGCGCCUCUCUGCGGUCCCUCCAGGCCUCGCACGCACCGGCGCCGCCUGGAACCGUGCCCCGCGGCCGGGCUGGCGGGGCUGCUCGUCCAGGCGCCCCUACUGGGGCAGGGGCAGUGGAGCGCAGCAGUCCGAGCGCACCGGAUCCUCAGCCAACCCAGGCGGGCCCUGCCCAGGCUUCCAGCAUCGAAACCCAGCUCCGCCCAGGUGGGCAGGGACCCGGGACACCCCGCUGAUAGUGAGACCCCCGACUCAGGUGCCCUGUCUCUAAGUCCACACUCAGCCGCCAGGGAGAGGGCAGCCGCCAGCUCCCACUCGGACACCGUCAGCCGUGGACUGCCGCCUGACCCCAAAUUCUAGGUGUCCCCCUUGGACUGCCUGCUCGCCCCAACCUCCAGGACCCCACCCACGGGCACAGCGGGUGUCCAGCCCCAAAGGGGCCUUGAACGCUACCCUAGUCAUUGUCUCUCUGUGGCUGUGGGGUUAGGUGGCUGGAAGAGGCUACUAUGUACCUGAUAGAGGAUAAACACCUCCUACCACGCCUCAUUCAUUCACCCCACUACCAAGGUGUCCUCUGGGAAGGCGCAGGAGGUGAGGAGAGCGGCCACAUACCCCUCCAUCACCUCCUGGCAGCCUUCGUCCCUGCCAUGUCCUAGCAGCCCUCCCACCCUAUGAUUCAGUUUCUCUGACAGACAGGUGAAAGGACAGGAAACGACAGAAAGAAUAGCCUGAACCCAAAAGAGGGGGCAUCUUGACACAGACUGGAAAAAUGUGAGGCCACGGGCCCAGGUGGAAAUCCCCCUUCCAGCUCAGGGGCCUGUCGGGCUGGCUGUGAGGGGGACGUCGCUGUCCCUGUCAGAAGCGGGCUGCAGAAUACCAGUGGUGGGUGGCCUGGUUCCUAGGCCUGGGUGGAUGCUUGGAGCCGUGCAGGGCGCAGGCCCCUGAGAAGUCACUGUGGGCCCUUGGCCAGGGAUCAACUUCAGCCUGAGGUCCUGGUGGCAUGUCAGGGAAAGCUGUUUUCUUCGGCGGAGUUCUCUUAUUCAGAGGGAGGAGAUGCCAUGCCUUAGAACAAGACCAAGCUUCUCUAGACACAGCACAAGAUGAAGGGGCACUGAAAGCAUGUGCCGGAGGAGACCCAGGCCCUGUGGGACCGGUCCUGUGCUCUGGGGCGCCAGGCCAAGACCGUGCAGGAACAGGCCCCAGGUGGUGCAGCCACACUGGAGAGCUGUGGGCUGCUGGGAGCUUUUGCCUUCGAGGCAGCAUUCCCAGAAUAGUCGGCAUGAUGUCCCCACGCACGCCCACCCCAGGAGGGCAGACGGGGGAACUGGGGUGGAAAGUGGCUCAUCUUGGGGGAAAAGUGGUGUGAACCUUGUGAUAGGAUAUACUACGAAAGGUCAGACAAUUAAGUUCGUGAACUUUCCACUGUGCACUUACAUGGUGGAAAGUUCACGAACUUAAUUGUCCGACCUCGUAUGAGUUUGAUAAUUGUUUGGAAUUCAAAAGAAGUGUCCCCACGAGAGUGUGCUGUACAGCACAGGUGGCAGUCACUACACCCUGCCACGUGGUCCUCACACUCUCUAGCUGGCUGGGUCUUCAGCCAGUGUGUAAUGUGACCCUCGGAGCCGUGAGCAGUACUGUGAAGUGGGCAGGGGUCUCCACGGCUCUGAGAGUGUCCACGAGACACAGCUGACAUGGUACCACCUGCUCACCCCACCGACUGAUGCUUCUCAUGCGUUGAUCCCUCAAAUCCUCUCAUCUCAAAGCAGGCGCAGAGGUGGGUGCCAUUCUGACAGGAAGGAGAUCAGAGGCCGAGUGUCCACACAUGGGGACUGACCAUUUCUGGUCUGAGAGCUCAGCCAGUUUGUGGCAAAAUGGGUUUGGACCCCACAGUUUUGGCACCAAACUCCAGCCACGGCAGCUGGGCUUCUCAGCUGCAGGUUGCAGUGCGCUGCAGGCCUCCGAUGAGCACACAUGAGCGUGCCACUGUGAGGGUGCCACCAGGGUGGAGAGGCUGGCAUCUGGGACAUUCUCUGUUCCUGAAGGACGUGGUGUGGGUGAGGGUGGUAGGUGGGAGCUGCCGGGCGGUGAGCGCACCCCGGGUGGGCAGAAGUGUGGGAAUCGCUGUGGCUGCUCCACUGGGGGAGACCCCAGCCGGUGGGAGUGAGUUUGUCUGGGGGACUGCAGGGUGUCCCUGGAUGGCAGAGGGGGUGGCUACUUCUGAGAGGCAGACCCACAUUCAGUGAUGAAUUUGACGCUGGGGGGCAGGGAGGGAGGACCCCAAGGUUCCAGUCUCGCUUCUCCUGGGCAAUGUCCCUCUCAGCUCCCGGCCACACCUCUCAGGGCAGCAUCUCGUGUGGCCGGCCAGGUGUGCCAGCCGCCGCCGCAGGCCAGGAUGGGCAUUUGGGGAAGCAGGCUGGCGGGGCAGGGUGGGGGGGAAGGGCCCUGCACUGAGGCCCCCCCACACACACUGGCUAAGGAGGUUCUGAGUGCUCCUUCAAAACGCAGUGAACACAGGGAGGGCCUGUGACCGGCAGGUGAAGCGCCUCCCACCUUUUGUGAUGGAUGGGAGCCACUGAACUACUCUCGGUGUCCUCUGUUUAAGCUGCAUUUCCCCACUUGUCACCACCUCUGCCCCACGGUCCUACAGCCAUGUGAUCAUUUAGGGGACCUCUUGGCUUGCUUGUGACUCUAAACCCGUAGCUGGCUGCUGGAGGAGCCUCAGGGGCAGGGUGGCCCCCAUGCAGUGGCCUUGUAUCCCCGCUUCUCUGGGCAGUGCCUGGAGCCUCAGUCGCUCUCACUAGCCCUCCACCCCAAGCAAAGUUGCGGGACCCUGGGACCCUGGCCAAGUUUGCUGGGUCAGACCUGGGCUGCCUUGGCUCCGUCCUCCCCAUCUCCCUGGGUCCCUCUGCCGGUUCUGUUGGGGUCAGACAACCCACCUGUAACUGCUGUUGUGAGUAGUACACUCACUUGUCAGCCUCUCCCCAGGACUAGACACACCUGUUUAUGAAGACGUCUCUCAUUACGAUCACUUACACAUUGAAACAGUGGUGACCAAUGUAUCACUAACUGGCAAUUCCACAUGUUUUCCUUGGUAGAGCAAGAUGCACAUUUCUAUGAUGCCCAAGAGCUAAGAACUCCGCCUCCACCAGCCAAUAACUGACAAAUGACAUUCUUGGCAUCUGUGGCGAUGGAGGGAAUGACACACCAAAUAAUAAAAGAGACCACAAAGCAUACAUUUUUUAAAAAUACUUUUUGAACACAAGAUCCAUGUUUAGUACCUAUGUUUUCUUUCUUUUUUUGGGGUUGGGAGGGGAACGGGAUUUUUAU